GGUCAUCCUCAAUGCUAGCCGUGGACACUCUUUCAAUAAAUAACGAUGCUCGAAAUGUUCGACCAGUUAUCCUCCAGCCACCGUAUCCCACAGGGUCUUGUCGAGCCUACCGGCGUCUAGCGCACCCAUGUCCACCAAAAGAAAGACCCGAUCCGCAACCAAGGCCGAGCAGGAGGCCAAGGACGAGAGCCCUGUGCCCAGCAAGACCGCCAGCAAGACCGCCAGCAAGACCGCCAGCAAGACUGCCAGCAAGACCGCCGCCGUCAAGGCUGCACCCGAGACCAGCGACGACGCCGUCGUUCUGCCGUCGGCCCGCAAGAAGGCCAAGGCUGAUGAGAAGCCGGCCAACACCGAGGCCAAGUCCAAAGCCGCUGUCGGCGCCCAGAUCCCCGACAACCUCCAUGUCCAUACCCACGACGGCUCCCCGGUGAAUGUCGCCGAGCUGUGCAAGGACCAGGGCAUCAUCAUCUUUUUCUAUCCCAAGGCAAACACCCCCGGCUGCACGAAGCAAGCCUGCGGCUUCCGAGAUGCUUUCAAGGACAUUGAGAGCCACGGCUUCCAGGUCUACGGCAUGAGCACCGACUCGCCCAAGAGCCUGCUCAACUGGAAAACCAAGUACGAUCUGCCCUAUGAUCUCCUCUCGGACCCCGUUCCUUCGCCGGCGCUCAAGUAUUUUGGCGUCUUCAAGGCACCCAGCAGCAGUAUCCGCUCGCAUGUGGUGAUUGCCAAGGGCGGCGAGAUCGUGUCUCUUGACAUCAAGGUCUCCCCGGCCGAGAGUGUCGAGAGGGCCCUCGAGGAGAUCAAAGCCUGAUCCAGACGGCUGGAGUCUUGAUAUUUGCGUGGCCGCUCGCUGACUUGCUCGCCGGCCCAGAUCGACGUCUGCGGGCUGCCGAGCAACGGUACGGCCCCGAUUUCGAUCUGCCCAGCAACAUACUCUGCCGGCUCAAUACAUUGUCUUGCUCUGCGAGUGUGAAUAGCGCCGCUUAGGCAGAGUGGUUUCUCAAGA